AUGACAAGAAUAGCAGAAGGAGAGAUGUACCGUGAUCUUUGUCUUUCCAAGGAUCGAGGUCGUCGAUUUAGCAGCUUGCUGUUGGUGAGAAACAAACCAUUAGAAUGUGAAAUAAAUAAUAUUCUACGCAGAGAGGAGGAGCGUUGCUUUGAGACAAUUUCAAACGAUAAAAUCGACUCCAAAACGCGGACGUUCGAAGCAGGCUGUGACAGAAUGUGGGACAACCUGACCUGCUGGCCCCCCUCUUCAUUUGGAAAGACUGUCGCGGUACCUUGCCCCAAGGUGUUUUAUGUUUUGACUCACAAAGAAGGAGUCGUUUACCGAAACUGUACAAGUGAUGGAUGGUCAGAACAAUUCACUGCCUAUGCAAUAGCCUGUGGAUAUGAUGUGAAUGAUACUCAAAAUUCAAUCAAGUCAAGUGUGCAGUUAUAUAUAUUGACUUUUUUAAUUUUACUUAUUUGUAUCUUUACAAAGCAAUCAAACUAUAUGAACAUAAAGAUUAUGUAUACAGUGGGACACAGUACAUCCUUCAUAUCCCUGACCAUAGCUGUAGCAAUCCUUGGAUUAUUUCGGAAACUUCAUUGCACCAGGAAUUACAUUCAUAUGCACCUGUUUGUGUCGUACAUGUUUCGUGCUAUUUCAAUCUUCAUAAAAGACAGAAUCCUCUUUUCCUCCGAAGCUGUUGAUCAUUGCAGUGCUUAUUCGGUUGAAUGCAAAUUUGCCCUUAUUUUCUUCCAAUACUGUACUAUGGCUAAUUUCAGUUGGUUACUUGUAGAAGCUCUGUAUCUGCACACACUCCUGGUGGUAUCUGUAUUUUCAGAGCAAAAAUAUUUCUGGUGGUUCAUUAUUCUUGGAUGGGGUAAGUUUCAAAUUAGGGUGGCCCAGCACUUUUUAUUUCACCUUGGGCAAUUGCAAGAAGAAUAUAUGAAAACACUGGAUGUUUAUUUUUAUUCUAUUUUGCAGAUCAGCUUUGUGCUCUUUCUUCACAUCAUUAGGAUAUUAAUAAAAAAGCUAAAAACACCUGAUGUUAUGGGGAAUGAGUUUAACCAGUACAAGAGACUUGCAAAGUCUACUUUCUUGUUAAUCCCGUUGUUUGGAGUUCACUAUAUAGUUUUUAUAAUUUUUCCGGAAACAGAAGGGAGCCUUGCCAUAGAAUUACGAAUAUGUUUAGAGCUCUUUCUUGGAUCGUUCCAGGUAUGUACUUGA